CGGACGGUAUGAGCGUCCAAUAAGCCUCGCCGCCGGGCCCCGGUACGGGGAGCUUCGAACCAAUAGGCGGCGGCGGCGGGCGGGCGCGGGCGCGGGCGGCGCGGCGGAGGCGGAGCGGGCGUUGCGGCAGGAGGGAAGAUGGCGGACGAGGAGAAGCUGCCGCCCGGCUGGGAGAAGCGCAUGAGCCGCAGCUCAGGUCGGGUAUACUACUUCAACCAUAUCACUAACGCCAGUCAGUGGGAGCGGCCCAGUGGCAACAGUAGCAGUGGCAGCAAAAACGGGCAGGGGGAGCCCACCAGGGUCCGCUGCUCACACCUGCUGGUAAAGCACAGCCAAUCAAGGCGGCCCUCAUCCUGGCGGCAGGAGAAGAUCACCCGGACGAAGGAGGAGGCCCUUGAGCUGAUCAACGGCUACAUCCAGAAGAUCAAGUCAGGAGAGGAGGACUUCGAGUCUCUGGCCUCACAGUUCAGCGACUGCAGCUCCGCCAAGGCCAGAGGAGACCUGGGUGCCUUCAGCAGAGGUCAGAUGCAGAAGCCGUUCGAAGACGCCUCAUUUGCACUGCGGACGGGGGAGAUGAGUGGGCCCGUGUUCACGGAUUCCGGCAUCCAUAUCAUCCUGCGCACGGAGUGAGGGUGUGGGUGGCCAGGCCUGGCCUGUGGUGUGGAGAGCUGGGCCCGCAGGCUCCCCCACUGUCGCUGGCCAGUGGGUACCCUCCCUGCUACUGUCACAGUAUUUAUUGUUCCCAAAAUGGGUGGGAGGGGGCCCUUCCAGAAUGGGGGCCCUGGGGUCCCUGUUCCCUGCCCACCCCCAGUUGGGGCUGUCCCUGCCAGACUCCCCCGUAGGAAUUGACUUCAGAAGGGCAGUGGGGGUUGGGAGGCUCCUGGACCUGAGGGGGCUGUCCCGAAGAGAAGACUUCAUCAGAGGAGCUGUCCCCAGAGCCCCCCAGUCCUGGAGGCAGGCGGGAGGGCCCCGAGUUGUUUCUAGUCCCGCCACGUUGCUCUGUCCUGUUGCAAAAAGCAAGUGCUUGGCCGGCCUGCUGUGACCCUCUUGGGCAGUGCAGCACCCUUUGCACCUGAUUAAACCCAGAACCACUGCUCUGC